ACUUCUUGGAGUGAGAGGAACGAGCUGGCGCCAUUUUUCAUAUUUUACGACAAAGGAUUAUCAUCUCUCACGAGUCAUUAUCCAUUUUUGAUAAAAUAUAUCUUGUGCUUUCAUUCUACAAAUCUGGAGAAUAUUUGAGAUAUUAACUAUUGAAAAUAGCUUAAACUGCAUUUAUUUACAAGUUAGUGAGUCAAACGAGGAAGAAUUACUAUGGAGUUACUCUUUCUGAUAUUAAUUGCUGCGUGUUUAUAUGUAUGUGAAGCUCAGAACUGCACAUUCUCAGAAGACCUCUGUGGAUACACUAACGGCGGGAGCGAUCAACUGCAAUGGCUCAGGACUGAAAACCCAUCAGACCCAGUUCCAUUCUAUCUUUCCGUCGACCUGACCACAUCUGGGCGCAUCUCUCUGGCGACCCUCACCAGUCCCACCAUCAGCAAAGAGCCCGGCCAGCGCUACCUAUUCAGUUUUGAUUACAGAGUCACAGGGGACCACACCCUUCACGUUCGGGCAUCAGGAGCCGGAGGAGGGGGUUGGGAGCAUACCGGUGAUACCGAUGGAUGGGAGAAUGCCGUGCUCGUGUUGGCGCCGCCGAGUGAUAUGUUCAAUAUUCUUAUAGUUGCCAAUAUCGGAGAGCCAACAGCUUUUUCCCGAAUACAAAUUUCCAAUCUCUUCAUAAAUUCGGAUGCCAAUGACAACUGCGACCCAUCGCCGUGCCAGAAUGGAGGGGAAUGCUUUGAUCUUGGAACGGACGCGGUAUGUUUAUGCAUCAAUGGAUUCAGCGGUGAAACUUGCGAGAUUGCACCUUCAACAGCUCCACCACCAACUACUGCACGUGUUAGUACACCGGGAGAGUUCACGACUGCCAUUUUGACGACAGGAGAUGCAACAUUAGCUCCCACCACAUCGGCUACUGAAGAACCGACGACAGUGAGUCCGACUACAGCAAAUCCGGCCACAGAAGAGCUUACAAUUACAGUGGAAGAUACAACUUUCGACCCUACGACAAAUGAGCUGACCACAGUUGAACCCACCACUGUUGUAUCUACGACAGAUGAGAUAACCACAGUGGAUCCUACGACUCUGGGUCCUACAGAAGAAAACCCUUCUACAUCAACCACUGAUAUUGUCAAUCCUACCACCUUAAAUCCGAACACUAUCGGUCCUUCCACAUUCGUACCAACUACUGAACAAACAACUGAGGAUGCAACCACUCUCGAAGCAACCUCCCAGAGCGCCACCACGGCCCAGCUGACGACAGUUAAUAUGCAGUCCACAGAAACUACAAUGGGGACACUCAUGAAUACUGCAACAACCGCUGAAUUAACCUCUCAGAUCACCACUACAGGGAACGCGAUUACGGAUGACGUAUCUACAGUUCAGCUUACAACGAUAACCUCAGAAACUGGUGUUACCACGAGUGGCCAGGAGACGCCCGAAGCUACAGUAACAGGGGAAAUGACUUCUAUUGGUAUUCAGACAACAGAGUAUUUAACAGAAGCAACGGCAACUGCAAACGAUGCAACCGAACCAACCAUCACUACAGAGGAUACAACCGAAGUCACUGGCAAUACAGCAGAAUCUAUUAGUACAGAGGUUCAGCUUACCACUGAAUAUAAAGAACCAACAGAGCAGGUAUUAACCGAGGCGACAACCUCAACAACAGAAGACGUGACGGAUGGCUCCGAAACAUCACAACCACCAACAACUGAUACGACUUCUUCGGGGACAGAAGGGGAAGUGACAGAAGAGGACAUGACAACGGAUUCUUCCACGACAUCUUCCAAUGAGCCAGGCGAUAACAAUACGCUAACGGAUGUCACCACUGGUCUCAUCAUAGGUCUUUCAUUAACCAUGGCACUUCUCCUGGUUCUUCUUGCAUUUACCCUUCUCUACUACUGUACCCAUCGAGAUCGGUAUGGUGUCUCAGAAGAAACGAUGGAAAACGGGAACGCGACACAGAUGAAUGCCAUGAAUCCAGGGACGUCACAGGUUUACGAGAAUCCAUAUGUCACUGCACCUGCACCAAGCUCAGAAAGAUCCACCCAAACGUCUCUUAGUGCAAUUAAUGUUUAGUUGUAGCUUGGACAAUCGUCUGUUAUCCUACCACUAUCAUGAUUAUGUCGUUGAUGAUUAAAUUGGGAAGUAGUGAAAUGCAUACCAUAUUAAAAAAAAUAUAAUUAGCUACGUCUUGAAUCGAUGCCUUUCUUUUUUUUUAUAAUUCAAGAUAUCCAUCAAAUUUUAAACAUGAUAAACUAAUCGCAUCACCGUAUUAGGUAGAUGACAUACAAUGUAUACAAGACAAAAUAUAUAUAAUUUGACUUGAUGAUUUCACUUUUCUGUCAUGGCGAUUGCAUCUUCAACGCAUCCCCAGAAUCAAAUUGGAAAUUACAUGGUACUGUAUAAUUAUAGUGUCAGUUUUCUUUUACCUUCUCAGAAAGACCGUUAAUAAUAAGGGGCUACUCCGGCUAAAAACGAUUACAACUAAUGAACAUAAUUUCAUAUAAAAAG